UCACCAAAGAUGCAAAUCCUAUGGGUAGGAAUACCAUAAUAUGGUUCUUCUACUCUUUAACCACUCAUGGUCUCCUGUCAAUCGUGAUCUGAGUGGUGCACCAUAUUCAUCUUCGUUGCAGUGUCAACUGUAAUGACAGUCAUUUUGGCAGUUGUAAUCUCUACUUAGCCUACCAACGGACACAUACAUGUACCUCAACACAAUUUCUACUGAAUUGCCAACUCUUAGCCGUCUGCUGCCUAUUUGCUGGCCCUACAGUCUUUCUAGCCAUCGGACAGCAGAAAACAAAGCCUUCUUCGUCUUCGCCACGCCCGUCGUCACCUCGCCCGUCAUCCCGUCUUCGCUUCGCCCGUCGUUCCGUCUUCGCUUCGCCCGUCGUCCCGUCUUCGCUUCGCCCGUCGUCCCGUCUUCGCUUCGCCCGUCGUCCCGUCUUCGCUUCGCCCGUCGUCCCGUCUUCGCUUCGUUUAUAUCCCGUCUUCGUUCGUGGUAUGGUUGUGUUUUGUUUUAUGUUGUAUUAUGUCUUGCGAAUUAACCCGUUGGCUGCCACCCACCCACUUUGAUCCCCUUUUUUUUGUAGCUUGACAGGGACGGGCCGCGCUGUUCUGCUCCAUGGUCUAUCUGCCAUGGGGUGGAGCAGCGCCACUGCCCAAGAUUGGCCGAAUGGCCCCAAAGGCAAUGCACCACAGGGAAUCCCUUGAUCGAGACGGCGAUGUAGACCUGGGAUGUGCAUUUCCGUAAAGGUCUCAUCGUCGUCUCAACCCGGCCCAGCCGGCCCCCUUGGUCGUUAUCCCUUUGA